AUGGACAAGAUGCUGGCUUUUUCAAUCCUUAGCUCGUCGCCGGCAGAUAUCGCUGGUGCAGGGUACGGCACACGCUUGUCCUGGCGGAGCGGCGGCGGGAAACAGGUGACGGAGAAGAAGACGCAGCAGGAUGAGAAGGUGGAGCAGAGCACGCGGCCAGAGAGGAAGCCGGAGACCAGGCCGACCCGAUUCGCGCCCGAGUUCCACGGCCUCAACUGCUUCGAGAUCAUUUGUUGA